GGUUUUGUUGCCGGAACCUUCUAUGGUGGCAGACAUUCAUAAAGAGACGAAUAAGGAAACAACCUUCCAAAAUUGGAGGUUACUACGUUUUAGUAAAAACCUCAAUGGUGUAUUGGGCGCUGUUUCUGUAUCUUGAUUCUCUAUUAUCGCGUGCGUUUCUUUUUUCCAGGGUGUUUCCUUUUCUCGGAUGUCAAACCCUAGAUUCUCAGCUUGAGAAAAGAAAAAGCAGAAAUCAGGAGAGGUAGGCUAAUGCAGAUCGUCUUGAGCUAGGAAGGAGAACGGGAGCAGCGCAUGUUCAUUUCAAUAUAUAUACACGCACAACGGAGGUUCGCAUAGGCAAUUGCCUUCUAACUAUAUUGAGUCUGGACUUUAUGCUCAGAGGGGAUCGGAACUAAAUUCAGAAUAGCAGCUUAGAUCCAAUUUUGGAAGGUACAUAUUCUGAACAAUGACAGACAAUAUAUCAAGUUUUUGGGGCCCUGUGACUUCUAAAGAAUGGUGUGAACCGAACUAUGUCUACUCAUCUUAUAUUGCAGAGUUUUUCAAUACCGUCUCAAAUACCCCAUGCAUUAUUUUGGCUCUCAUUGGCCUGGUGAAUGCCUUACGUCAGCGAUUUGAAAAAAGGUUUAGCGUCCUCCACAUAUCAAACAUGAUUCUUUCCAUAGGAAGCAUGUUUUAUCAUGCAUCGUUGCAACGAAUGCAACAACAAGGUGAUGAGACACCAAUGGUGUGGGAAAUGCUUCUUUAUGUGUACAUUCUCUAUUCACCAGAUUGGCACUACAGGAGCACUAUGCCUACCUUUUUGUUUCUAUAUGGUGCAGCAUUUGCCAUUGUACAUUCACAGGUUCGCUUUGCGAUUGUCUUCAAGGUGCACUAUGCAUUACUCUGCCUUCUUUGCAUUCCUCGGGCGUACAAAUAUUACAUUCACACAAAAGACACGUCAGCUAAGUGUCUCGCCAAACUGUACGUGGCCACUUUACUGGUUGGAACCGCAUGUUUUUUAUUAGAUGGCAUGUUUUGCAAGGAUAUCUCAAGAUGGCCCUUCAAUCCACAGGGUCAUGCAAUGUGGCAUGUAAUGAUGGGGUUCAACUCAUAUUUUGCCAACACAUUUCUGAUGUAUUGUCGUGCUCAGCAACGGGGAUGGGAUCCAAUUGUCAAAUACUUGUUGGGUUUACUCCCCUAUGUGAAGAUUCAAAAGCCAAAGGAUCAAUAGUUCAAUUGCCAUCAAGAGCACUCACAAACUUAGAAUGAUAUAAUUAUAUAGCCAUAGACCAUAGUUGUUUUUUACAUCAGUCUGAUGUAAAUGAAAUUCAGAGAAUAACAGUUUUGGUUGGUGAUAGCCGAUAGGCAUCUAGCAGUCUUAAUUUGACUGUAGAUUUUUGAGCUAAAUGCUUUUUUGUCUCAUACCUUAAAAUCUUGUCUAGUUUUCAUCUCGUAAUUAUCAGUUGUUUCAAUUUAUUGUGGCUUAAAAACUUUCUUCUGA